UAUCAUCACCUUGUCGGCCGCUUUAGCCAUUUAGCUUCCCACCUCAUUUUUUCUCUCUAUUUCUCUCCGAAUUUCAAUCAAUUUUUUUUUUUCAUUUUCAUUGACUUCACGAAAGGACCUAUACAUACACAAAACAAUUUUAAUCACCCAAAUUCUGUUUCUCUAGCUAGCUUUUCACUAUGAUCAAACGGCAAGAGCUUAUGAGCCUCCCGAGAAGCACCAGCACAAGCAGCGCAAUAAGUUCCAGAAAGAUCAUAUCUUCUUCAAACCACCAUUUGAGAUCUUCAUCAUCUAUUCCUUCUUUGUCUGAUCAUCAUCAUCAUCAUCCUCAUAAUGAAAUCUCCGACAAGCUUCUUAUCCCGAAAAACUCACCGGUCUCAUUCCACCACCUUUCCAAAACCCAAAACAAGCUCUCUUCCCUCCUUCGUUCCCUUCUCAAUCUUCUCUCUUUCCCCGCCAUCAUUCCCACCUGCAAAUGGCUUAGGACUACUCACCUCUCCAUAACUCCCUCCAUCGGCCGAAAUGUCACCGGAACUCUCUUCGGCCAUCGCCGCGGCCACGUCAACUUCGCCGUCCAGCUCGACCCUCGUUCCGAACCGGUUUUGCUCCUCCAGCUCGCCAUGUCGACCUCUUCUCUUGUUAAAGAGAUGUCCUCCGGUUUGGUCCGAAUCGCCUUGGAGUCCGAGAAGGUUUCGGCUUCUUCCGAUAGGACGGUUAUUCAUGGUCGGAAGCUGUUCCAGGAACCUACUUGGACCAUGUAUUGCAAUGGAAGGAAGUGUGGCCUCGCGGUGUCUCGCACGUGCGUGGACUUUGAUUGGCACGUCCUCAGCACCGUCCGGAGCGUGUCGGUCGGGGCGGGUGUGAUUCCGGUUGUGGAUGAUGGACGGAAAGGCGGUGGGUCGUCGGAGGGUGAGUUGCUUUAUAUGAGAGCCAGGUUUGAGCGAGUUGUUGGGAGCCGUGACUCGGAGGCUUUUUACAUGAUGAACCCCGAUGGUAAUGGAGGACCCGAACUCAGUAUUUUUCUUCUUAGAAUAUGAAACCAAUUAUCCAAUAUUAUUAGAUUAAGAAAAACCAAAACAAAAAAAAGCUUCCGUUGGUUGGGUAUAAUUUAGGUUAUGGCAAUUUGGAUGAGAAAUUAAUGUUUAAUUAGAGAUUCAAUUUCAUCGUGUAUGUGUAAUUUUGUUUCUUAAUUAUAUAUAAUUAAUGUAAAACCAUGUGAUUUGUAUCACGUCGUGAA